GAAGGGACACGUGAGAUUUCGAAUCACAUUUUGUCAGAUUGAUUUUUGAGCAAGUUAAACGAGGCAUGUGGUGGGAGGUGGUGAUGCAGCAAACUGUUAUCGCAGAGAUGCAGAACAUCGAUGACAACACGGGAGCUGGGCGUUUGACGCUCUUAAGUAAUCCUGGAUGAACGCUUGGAACGCAGUCAUCGGCAUCAGACGGAGCGGCGUUAAGCAAGCAGCCAAUGAACGCCCCGUUCCCCGGCAGUAUAAAAGCCCGCGGUCUCCCGCGCCGCUCGCUGAACUGUGAAUGAACAGCUCACAGUCGCCGUCUGACGCGCGGAUGGCUCGGGAGCGUUUACGCACCGGCUGUCGUGCAUAAUUGCUUGUCGACGGAGGAAAGCGACACAAUGCAAACCUCUUUACUGUCCGCGGCGCACUCUCCCGGGAUACCCACGGCUGUUUCAUUCAUGUGGAAAUCGGGGAACCCGCAGUCGCCCAACUGGACCGGACUGGAGAGAGAAAACGCGACGAGUCCGGGCGACCUGGACGCGUUUGAGAACCGGCGCGCGCAGUACGGCCAGUUUUCUCCAUCCACCUCGGUGUUCAUAACCGUGCUCAUGACGCUGCUGGUGUUCGCCACGGUCCUGGGGAACGCGCUUGUCAUCUUAGCGUUUGUGGUUGAGAAAAGUUUACGCACACAAGGCAACUUUUUCUUUUUAAAUCUGGCCAUCGCGGACUUUCUCGUCGGCGGGUUUUGCAUCCCCGUGUAUAUCCCCUAUGUCUUGACGGGUGAGUGGAGGCUGGGGAGAGGUCUGUGCAAGCUGUGGCUGGUGGUGGAUUAUAUGCUGUGCACCGCAUCUGUCUUCAACAUCGUGCUCAUCAGUUUCGACAGGUUUCAGUCCGUCACUAAAGCGGUGAGUUACCGUUGCCAGAAGGGCAUAACUAGAGAGGCCGUUUUGAAGAUGCUCUGCGUGUGGCUGGCAGCGUUCCUUCUUUACGGUCCAGCUAUUAUCAGCUGGGAACACAUCGCAGGAGGAAGCGUAGUGCCAGACGGAGAGUGCCACGCCGAAUUUUACUUCAACUGGUAUUUUUUAAUGACCGCCUCCACCGUCGAGUUCUUCACGCCUUUCAUAAGCGUCACUUACUUCAACCUCAGCAUUUACAUCAACAUCCGCAACAGAUGCGCAGUGAGGGAGGCACAGCCGACGUACAUUCGGCUCAGGAGCUUUAAGAUGAGGCCGGUGGGAACCGGCGAUGUGCAGCGCGUGUUUUUUGUGAGGCCCGUCGAGGAAAGAGAGGUCAACUUGUCGUCAAGGUCACGGUGCUGCCGGUUGCCUUCCACCACGAAGGUGUCCGCCGCGGAGUUCGGCAACGGCAGACAGACCAAACGAAGGGACAGCACGAUAGCAGACUUGCCGCCCUUGCAGGUCGGGAACAUCAUGACAUCCAGCGAGGCACAGUUUCAUUACGUGGAUCAUUCGGCUGGGUCACACAGACACCGGCCCGAUAUGGUGGCCAGUCUGGCCAGCCGUUUUCGCCUGUCUAGAGAUAAAAAGGUGGCAAAGUCUCUAGCGGUGAUAGUUUGUGUUUUCGGACUCUGCUGGGCGCCGUACACACUGCUGAUGAUCAUUCGGGCAGCAUGUCACGGUCAGUGCGUCCAACACUACCUUUAUGAGAUCUCAUUCUGGCUGCUGUGGAUAAACUCGUCCAUCAAUCCCAUCCUGUACCCUCUGUGCCACAGCAGCUUUAAAAGAGCCUUCAGCAAAUUACUGUGCCCAAGCAAAACAAAAAUACAACCUCAGAACAUGGACCAGAAGUAUUAAGUUCAUGAGGACAACCGCAUUUUUAUGUGCUUGUAUCUAGCAGUACAUUUUCUCUGUGUACACUGUGAGUGAGUAGACGGAGAUCUUUUAUCCACAUAUUCAAACUCACAUUUUUGUAUGAAAUGGUGGCAUAGCUAUAUUUCUUUCAAGUUCAAUGAUGAAUUAUUGACCUGUUUCAUAAAUUAUGUAUACAUGACUGGAGGUGUCUAGCAAAGUGCCAUGUUCGCCUUUGUAAUUUUUUUUUUUUUUCAAAAUAAACUCUACUGGUGAAAUGAU